AUGAUUAAAAAUAUCAUCUGGUCUGGCGCAUUUACGUGUGAGGUUCUCGGUAACAAGGCGUGGAUAGAUGCGGAUUUAGCUGCGAUGCCACGGUCCAAAGGUGGACUAGGCGCUCCACUCCUCCGCAAAGAGCUCAUGGCGCUAGCGGCCACAGUUGUGGCGUCAUGGGCUCGGGAUGGUACAACUGCAGGCCACGUCGUCGGCGAUGUUCUCCAGUACUCCGGCGACUCAAAUAGGGCUCCGAAGGUGUAUGUGGCUCCGAUGGAAUUUGCUCCCCCUCAACUCAAGUUAGCUUGGAAGGCUAAUCUGUGGGACACUGGGCGGGAGGUGAUAACCAAGGUAGGGCUCCAUGAGCGGUCCAAGGACAGCGAAGAAAUGGUGACUGCAUUGACACUCCUCGCGGUUGCAUUUGAGGGACUUUCCUUCUCCUGGUAUGAGAGGCACCUAUUGGUGGACGUCGCAGCUCUACUAGGUUCGGUACAUCGCAGUUACUUAACCAACGAAAAGGAAGGGUGUGGAACGGUAUGCACAGAAUGGUUGCCAUAUCUUGUCUCCUCCGAACUACGGCUAUACGAUGGCGUAAAGGGGAGAAUCACCACAACUCGGGACUUCUCUCGUAUCCUUGGGAAUGGAUAUAGACUCCGGGACAGCAUCCACCGGAGACGUCUUGGAGCAGGGCGCAUCAUAUUCACGCCGCUACGGACGCAGGCGGACUGUAACCCAAGAGUAGUAGCCCAACUCCGUCAGCUGGUCGUCGUAUUGGUCACCAACUUUCACAUCCUGCUCUAUACAGGCCUCGCCAACGACGCCCUUCGGCUUGAUGCUCUCCCACUAGAUCACCCUUUCCAAGCCCGAAUGAACAAGAUAGGCCAACCGGUGGCUCGCCUCACGGCGGACACUGUCUCCUCGCCGAUACACCUUCCGGUCAACUCAUAG